UAAAAAAAAACAGUCUAGAAAAUAAUAAAACCAACGCGACGGCGCCGAUGAGAAAAAAACUACGGAUGCAACGGAGGUCGACCCGCCAUCUUCUUCCAGCGAGGAAAAGGAAAAUUCUCUCUAUUAACAAAGACUCGAAUUGAAAUAAAGAAGAAAAGAAAAUUCUUCGGCUUCGAUGGCGCAGAUUCCGAAUUUGGAUAAUGCUCCUCUGAAUCUCCGAGCGCUCAGGGAACAAUCUCAGAAGGAGCUCAUUAACAUCCUGAAAAAUAUUCGAGGAAGGAAGUGUUUAGUCGUUGAUCCUAAGCUGGGAGGUUCUCUAUCCUUAAUCAUCCAAACGUCUGUACUUAAGGAACAUGGAGCUGAAUUGCGACAUCUUUCAUCUGAUCCAAUUCAAACUGAUUGUAAUAAGGUGGUUUAUCUUGUUCGAGCUCAGAUGGACUUGAUGCGAUUCAUAUGUUCUAAUAUUCAAAGUGACAUUUCGAAAGGACUUCAAAGGGAAUACUUUGUUUAUUUCGCCCCUCGCCGUACAGUAGUUUGUGAGAGGGUUCUGGAGGAGGAAAAGGUCCACCACCUAUUGACUAUUGGGGAGUAUCCUUUAUACGUAAUUCCAUUGGAUGAGGAUAUUCUGUCAUUUGAGCUUGAUCGUUCGAACAAAGAAUACCUUGUUGAUGGAGAUACUAGUUCACUCUGGCAUAUUGCAAAAGCAAUUCACAAGCUUGAGUUUUCCUUUGGGGCAAUACCAAAUGUGAGGGCCAAAGGGAGAGCAUCAGUACGUGUUGCUGACAUUCUAAAUCAUUUGCAAACAGAGGAACCUGUUAACUCAAAUGAUGUAAAUAUGGUUGUGCCAGAGAUAAAUACACUCAUUCUUAUAGAUAGGGAGGUGGACAUGGUUACUCCCAUGUGUUCUCAGUUGACAUAUGAAGGGCUGGUUGAUGAGUUUUUGCAUGUGAAUAAUGGUUCUGUGGAGCUUGAUUCAUCGAUCAUGGGUGCUCAACAAGAUGGAAAAAAGAUCAAGGUUCCACUUAAUUCAAGUGACAAGCUGUAUAAGGAGACGAGGGAUCUCAACUUUGAAGUGGUUGUCCAGAUUCUACGUCAAAAAGCUAUGAACAUGAAGCAGGACUAUGCAGAGAUGUCAACUACUACACAGUCAGUUUCUGAGUUGAAAGACUUUGUUAAAAAGCUGAAUUCGUUGCCAGAAAUGACAAGGCACAUUAACCUGGCUCAACACUUGACGACGUUCACAUCAAAGCCAUCCUUUCUUGGGCAGCUUGACAUGGAACACACAAUUAUUGAAGCUGAAAGCUAUGACAUUUGUUUUGAAUACAUUGAAGAACUGAUCCAUAAGCAGGAGGCCCUUGUUAAAGUCCUCCGUCUUCUCAUCUUGCUUUCUGUUACAAAUUCUGGUUUACCUAAAAGACAUUUUGACUACUUGAGGAGAGAGAUACUUCAUAGCUAUGGGUUUGAACACAUGGGUACAUUGAAUAACUUGGAGAAAGCGGGAUUAGUCAAAAAACAGGAGUCAAAAAGCAACUGGCUAACUAUCAAACGUGGUCUGCAACUUGUUGUAGAGGACACAAACACCGUGAACCCGACGGACAUUGCAUAUGUCUUUUCUGGAUAUGCACCUCUUAGCAUUCGUCUUGUCCAACAAGCUGUAAGAUCUGGAUGGCGUCCUAUUGAAGAAAUUUUGAAGUUAUUACCUGGGCCUCAUUCAGAAACAAAAAGAGUCAGUAAAUUUGUCUUUAUGAUCUAUUGUGAUGUUUGCAAUUUUCUUUCCUUCUUUUGCUGGCCUAUUCUUCAUAAUUAUUUUGGUUUUGAAAUCCAGGGUAGAUUCCUUAGCAGUUCAUCCUAUGAUUCGUUGCAAGGGGCUUCAGCCAGUAAUGACAAAGUGACGGAUGGAAGGCGCACAGUUGUACUCGUUGUUUUUAUUGGAGGAGUAACAUUUGCCGAGAUUUCUGCUCUUCGAUUUCUGAGUAGUCAGGAAGGAAUGGCUUACGAGUUGAUAGUUGGUACCACAAAGAUUGUUAGUGGCAAUUCCUUGACCGAAACAUUUGUGGAGAAGUUAGGCUAAUUCUAAUUUACCCCACCUUUCCCUAAGCUUUAAUCAAUAUGACCUGCUAGAACUGAAAAUCAGCUUUGUUUGUUCAGUAUUGCGGUUUAACGGUUAUCGUCUUCCACAUCGAACCUUUUUCGUUCACAAAUGAGUUUGUUCUGUUUGCUGUCCUUUUCUUUUCUUUUUAUUAUCAACAUUGGUUGUUCUUGACAAUGAUGAGUGUUGGUUUCUACAAGUUCUUGCAGGCUGUAUACUCUCACAGAUUUGAUCCCAUCAGUGUAAAGAAUCAUCUAUUUACUAUGAUUUCAUAUUCCAUUUUA